AUGACGAAGGGCUCUGUGUACAUUGCGACCUCUCUGGAUGGUUACAUUGCCAAAGCGGACGGAGAUAUUGACUGGCUCAACAACAUUCCUCCACCAGCGAAAGAAGAAGGUGACAUGGGAUUUGCCGCCUAUUUGGCAUCGGUGGAUUGCAUGGUCAUGGGACGGAAUACAUUUGAUAAGGUUCUCUCCUUUGGCAAGGACGUGUGGCCCUACGGAACGCUCAAGGUGGUUGUUUGGAGUCGCACCAUGAAACCAGACGAUAUCCCUGACUAUCGACGCGAUACUGUGUCCUGCAGUGCCUUGCCACCCAAAGAGCUGAUGCAAGAGUUGCAAGACAAUGGACACAAGAAAGCCUACAUUGAUGGGGGUGUGACGGUGCAAGAAUUUUUAAAGGCGGGAAUGGUGCAGGAAAUUUGUCUCAGUCUGGCGCCCAUUUUGCUCGGCAGUGGCAUUAAAUUGUUCCCCACCGAUGGACCCCAAUUCAAUUUGAAACUGAAGGAAAGCAUGUCGUACUCCAAUGGCAUGGUCCAGUCUACCUACGAGGUGCUUCCAAACGAAGAAUGA